AAUGAAUCAGUAUUCACGUGCGAUAUCAAGCAGAACACAUUUUAACCGCGCGCUCAAGGCCAUGUAUUGACACGCACCCACUUUUGAAGGUUAUCAGCUUGUUCUUGAAUAGUCUUUAUCCAGGAGGAAAAAGAGGUACAAAUCAUCUUUAUGCCGUUAUUUUAUAGUGAGUGAUCAUGGAACAGCUGAGCAAUAACUUAUGACAAGUAAAUAAUAACGAGGAUAAAGAGUCAGGAAACGCUCAGCAAGAACAAUGAUCUGAACAGCGCGGCUGCAUCUGAUUGGAUAAAACCACGAGAAUAUGUUCAAAAACUCCUGCAGAUAUCCGCAGUAGAGUUCGUGCCUCAGUAUGUGGGUAGCGUUUGGGUUUGUCCUCGUCUCAUAUGUAGCAGGCUACACAGAGGCAAGUGAGUACAGUAUACAUGAUGCAAAGACCCUCUGGUCAGCAGCUGCCGAGAACUGCAAGCGGAAUGCUUCACUAUUGGCUGUUCUUGAUUCUCAGUACAAACUCGACCAGCUGGCUAAUCGUCUUCCGUCUCAAGGAAACAAUAGUAAAAAUAAGUAUUGGAUCGGACUUGUUUACAAUGGAUCGACGGAACAAUUAUUUUGGAGUUCUGGUGUUGUUGCUGACAAAGUAUUAAUAACCAACUCUAGCUGCAGAAAACACCCGACAGCGCUUAAACAAAAGGACUUGUGUUACUUGGUGAAGAAGGGUCACUCUAUUUGCUUUGAAAAGCAAGAAUGCAACAAGAACCAUCGGUAUGGUUACAUUUGCCAACCAGUUACCAACAGAGUAUCGCCCACCACCUCAAGUAGUCCAGCACCAACAGUCCAAGGUACCACUUCAAGGCAUAAUACAGCAGCGAAAUUUAAUGUCUCUGUAGGCCUUAAAAAUCCGCUGUCGAAGUUUUCUUCCGUCAUGAGUUCCCUCAAUCCAAAAGAUCCAUUUUCUUUAAAGCUUGCGACAAAUGCAUUUAGAGGCUUUGCCGAGUCCUUAAAGUCAAACCGCGAUAAAAGAGGGAGGAAAGUUAAUUUGAUUUAUUCCACUCAACUUAUUGAAGAGUUUGCAUUAAGAUACGCGUCCUUCAACUUGAAUUCAACCAGGAAUGAAGAGAGGACCGAAAACGAACACAUAGUCUUACAAGUAUCCUUAGUACCAAAGGGUUAUCGUCAAAAUUUCACAUUUACAGGAGCGAAGGGCCUGGACGAAGAAACAAGAAUUACUCUUCCUUCUUUUUUAUUUCAAACCAAGGAGACUAUUGCGGUUAAUGUGUUAUACAGAGAUCUCCAUGAAUUUCUCGACAACUUGGGCUCCAGGGAAGGUAAAAUUCACUCCAUGAUCCUGGGAAGUGACGUUGGACCAUCUAAACAGAAAAUUUUCACAGAAAACGUCACAAUCGUUUUCCACACUUUGGAGGAAAAGGGAAAGUACAAGAAAUCAAGGCUAGAUUGUGUAUUCUGGCAGUGGAAUAAUUCCCUUCCAGCUAAUGGAAGUUGGUCAGGCGAUGGUUGUUCACUGGUGAAAUCAAAUACGACCCACGUGGUUUGCACGUGUAACCAUUUGACGAAUUUCGCUAUUUUAAUAAACAUCGAGAAACAAGAGUUUCCAGAGGAACACAAGAAAGCCCUUUCCUAUAUGACAUACAUAGGAGUUGGCAUUUCAUUGCUCGGCGAAACAGUUACUUUUAUAGCAUAUUUCUUACUUCUAUGUUCCAGUCAUGAUCAACAAAGUCAUGUGCAUAUAAACUUGGUUGCCACCUUAGCUGUUGCUCAGAGUAUAUUUUUGGCGGGAAUCAACGCCACUCAUAAUCAGGUACUUUGUAUAACUGUUGCUGCUCUGAUUCAUUACUUCUAUUUGUCAUCCUUCUGUUGGAUGCUAAUAGAAGGUGUUAUGCUUUAUCUACUGAUCAUAGAAGUCUACAAUACUGAGCUCAGAUUGCGUCUCUGUUAUCUGUUUUCUCUGGGCUUUCCAAGUCUUGUUGUUGGAGGAACCCUGAUAUUUGCUUCUUUAAACGAGCCGGGUAUAGACCAGUACAUAAACAAAAAUUGGUGCUGGCUUUCAACAGAGAAUUAUUAUAUAUGGUCGUUCGCUGGACCAGUAGUAGUUAUAAGUUUUGUGAAUAUGGUUGUGUUUUGCAUUGUUGUAAAAGAAAUGGUGAACAUGACGAGCAUGCAGUCAAAUAAAUUAAGCCGAGUCAAGACAACCGUAAAGGCUUGCAUUGUGUUGUUUCCUCUGUUGGGGGUCACGUGGCUCUUUGGGUUAUUGAGUAUGAUAAAUUCCAGUGUUACGUCACAGUACAUCUUCACUUUACUUAACUCUCUUCAGGGAUUGAUGAUUUUCAUUUUUCACUGUGCGAGAAAUACUGAGGUUAAACUUGUAUGGAGCAACAAGUUACAAAGGAUGAAGAAACGAGCUUGUCACUUUUUUAGAAUCCAAGGCCCUUCCCAAACCAACGUAAGCGGAGAAAACAUUUCAGACAAAAAUAAACCUUCUGAAGUAGAACUUAGCAGAAGGAAAAGCAAGAUCGCUCCUGCUGAUGGAUAGGACAAACAAUCACGAGCGAUCACGUUCACGCAAACAUAUCAUCACGUCCAAGGUGAAACUUCCAGGAAGGAACGACAAAAAUUACUUUAAUUAAUCGAUAUGAGGAGGUAUCAUAAUCACAACCAAGUUUCUUCAUGACAGCAGUGACUUUGAUUUUGAACGAGCGUGCUGGAGACGAAUUUUUUUUGUUCACCUAAGAUAAACCACAUCAAGACAUUUAAUGCAAAGCAAAUACUUCAUGAUAGGAACAAUUUUAUCUUGGAAAAUGAUGAAGUCUUGGACAAAACUGACUAAUCGCCAUAAUCAUCUGUCUAAUCAACUCCCAGGUCACGUACGUCGAUAAUUUACAUAUUGUAAGCUAAGGCAAAAUGUAUUACCUUGAAAAGGAAUCUUUUGUUUUGGAAUAUAGAUAUGUAGUAUAAGUUAUAAAUCAUAACAUUUUAAUUUUCCGAGAAAUUUUCGUUUAUGGAGAACAAAAUCGAAGGAAAAUAGUAAAUUAGUAAAAGGAAGUGAUUCUGUAAGCUAAUCGCCUGGGUAUUGAUAUUGAGAGUUCAAUCAAUUAUUUGAAAAUUUAUUCACAAAUAGCCUCAGUAAUAAUGAUUAGUUGGAAUCAAUUCUCGGAUAUGUUUUCACAUAGGAAGUCUCAAGUCUCUCUGAAAAAACAAAGAAUAUUACCUAGUUUAAAACAUGUCGAUCUAAUUGAUAA